AUGUACGCAAACACUUUAGCUAAGGGUAUUACGAAAAGUUGUAUCUCUAAAAAUAUUAGAGUUUCCAGGUUCUCUACAUUUCUUUGUUUAAGAAAGACAGCUGCUACAAAUGCUACGAGCAACACAUCUCCUGUUGAGGCUAAGAGACCUAAGACGUUUUCCAACUACUGGAUAGCUGGAACUUUAGGUCUAGGUGUUGGUGCUUUAUUGUAUUCAUAUCAAACUUCUAAUAAAUUGCCAGAGAUUAAAUAUUUUGAGAUCAAUGACCAAAUCAACUCCUUCCCAAGUGCAUUACGUCCACCUUUGUAUCCAUUGGGCACCAAUUAUUCUUUAUUAGGUCUAGGUGUAAGAUCUGUGAUCGUUGAAAGUUUUAAGGUUUAUGGUCUCGGUAUCUACAUUGCUGAUGAUGAUAAAAAAUAUGUUCCAAUGAUCCUUAACUCCUUCUUUUUGAAGAAAACUUUUAUUGAUACAGAUGAAAAUAAAACUCAUAAAGAAAAUGUUCUGGCUGCACUUGAAGAUCCAGUAAAAUCUGUCAUAUUAGCAAGAAAUUUGUUGGAUGGUGGUGUUAGAAUGACCGCAAAAUUUACUCCAAUCAAAAAUACUAACUUGACUUUCGUUAGAGAAGGUAUUAUUAAGACAAUUUGGAAUCAUCCAAAUGCUGAAGAAAACAGAGAGGUUUUGGAAAAGGGUAUUGAUGAAUUAAGAAACGCAUUUAACAAAAAGGGUUCCUUCUUGAAAGAUGACGAUUUAUUGAUGGAAUUAAACUCCGACGGUAGUUUACAAAUGACUUAUAUCAAUUGCAAACAUGGUGAUGUUUACAAGAUGGAGUUGGUUAAAGAACCAGCCGUUGGUAGAUUUUUGUUUAGUCAAUAUAUGAGUGGACCAAAUCCAUUAUCUGUUCCAUGUAAGAACGAAAUUACUAAAUCUCUAGUUGACCUAGUUUGA